UUACAUCAUUACGAAGCGUUGCCGAGCCUCACAAGCGAUGUUCAACUUUCCUUUGAGAUUCUCCACCACACAGCUGUGUGUACUGAGGCUUAUUUAGACGGACCACACAUUCGCGACCACCAGACUGCUUUUAACAACAGACACUUGUAGCACAGCACUACAAAUUUGGGACUUUUCAAGGGAUAUAUUUUUAGUGUUGAAGGUGCUCCUCAGACACUCCAGAAGACAUUUAAAACCAACGAAACAAAUCAUGGCUGUCAGGAUGACAACAUUUAGUAACUGCACCGCAGGAGAGACUCGUGUCGAGAUGCUCGGAGGGGGAAACAUCUAACCGAUACUCUGUUUCUUGCUUGUAAAGUGAUGAAGGCUGUGUGUACCGUCCUGUAGACCCCAAGGAAGAUUUGUCGGUGGGAAAAAAACUGACCCGUUCCCUUCUCCCUUCCCCGACCAACUUCAGAGGAACUGAAGAUGCUGCGUCUCAGCCUAGCUGGGCUCAUAUUGCUCAUGCUUUGCAGAGUCAUUGACAGCCGGAUGCUGAUGGAAGGACUGCAGAGAUUUGGUGCCAUCCCGACGUAUCUUCCGGUCCGAUAUCAGGUGUUAAAUGCAGAGUCUGCCUUCUUCCUGAAAGAAGCCAACCAGGACAUCAUGAGGAACUCCAGCCUCCAGGUUCGUACAGAACUUUUCUUUAUCCAACAAGCCAGAAAGACGCCGUCGGUCAAUGCCAGUUACGGACCGUUGUAUGUGGAACAGCCCGUGCCCAUGGAGCUUCUGGGCCCGGGACUCUUCAACAGCCCUUCAUCCACAUCCCCAUUAUCCACUUCCUCUCCACUCUUUAGUUUUAAUUGGAAAGUACAGACUUUCAUUAUCAGUGAGCGAAUCCAUCCCAGUUGGCCAAAGGUUCAGGUUCUCUUCUACUUAGUAGGCCGGGACUGGGACGACUACAGUGCCAUGGACAAAUUGCCGUGUGUCAGGAUGUUUGCCUUCCAUGAAACCCAAGAGGUACGAGGCACCUGUCAUCUGAAAGGGGAACUCGGACUGUGUGUGGCUGAACUGGAGCCACUGCCUAGCUGGUUCAGUCCCCCUAGUGUCAUACCAGGUCGACAGAGAUCUCCUGAGCUGGUUGAAGGCACUCCCGUGGAGCUGUAUUACAUGCUACAAUCCACUGACACUGGGGAAUGCAGCUCUGAGGACUCCCGCAAGACCAAUUCCAUCCGCACUGGCCAACUGGGACCGGCCGGUUACUUCUCAGGGCCCACACCCAUGCGCAGGAUCGGCAGUGUACGGCUGUUCCAGCCACUCUCUGAGCUGCGUUUGGACAGUAACUUUGUGGUGAUGGUUCCCUCAAGACCCAUCCGGCAGAGGGAGACGGUGUCAGGCUUCCUCGCUGUCUCCACCCUUUCGUCAGUAGAGAUCUUCACUUUAAGAGUCAAGUUGAAGGAUGGUGUGGCGUUUCUGGGGGCGAGGGCCAGUAACCCGGUUCAGUGGACAGUUAGUCAAGACGUCAGGAGUGAGGGACACAGAGUGGUCACUCUGCACUGCCGUAGGAAGGAAGCCAACUUCGGAAAAAGGGUGGAGGCCGGUUUCCAGAAGGUUUUACAGGUGGAUCUGGAGGUCAACGGAUUGUUGGAUCCUCUGGGAAGUCGCUCAGUGACAUGGCAGAUUGAGUACCCCAUCUCCCGGACCCUCUCAGACGAGAUCCAGACCCUCAUCCGUCUGGCACCACACGAACUUGGCGGCAUCGUGCCAUUGGCUAUGGAGACAGAGAUCCUUAACACCGCUGUGCUCACUGGGAAGACAGUUGCCAUGCCAGUGAAGGUGGUCACCGUUGGAACCGAAGGUACUGUGACCGAUGUGACCGAGUCGGUGGAAUGUCGCUCGACGGAUGAGGACGUGGUUAAGGUGUCCGAAAGGUGCGAUUAUGUGUAUGUCAACGGCAAGGAGACGCGUGGGAGAGUGCGGAUGAUGGUGAACUUCACCUACAGUUACCUCAGCGCUCAGCUGGAGGUGAGCGUUUGGAUGCCUCGACUCCCCCUGCAGAUCGAGAUGUCUGAUCCAGAGCUCAGCCAAAUCAGGGGCUGGAGAGUUCCUUUAGAUGCUGCCAACCAGAGGUCUGGAGAGGAUGAUGGGGAUGAAGGAGCCAAGAAGGACCGGAGCUGUGGUCCACAGUACCAGAGCACCACCGUACGUGUCCUCACACACUUUGAGGCCGAGCCAGAGGAGUGGCAGGGCCAGUCAGACUUCCUCUUGGGGAGUGAUUGGCAGGUGGACGUGACAGAGCUGGUGAGGGACUCAUUAAGGGUGGGGGAUGAACGAGUGGCCAAGCUGUCAGAGGAACAGGUCCUGAUCGGUCUGAACACUGGCACCACCAAAGUUCAGGUGAUGUCUCCAUUGUCCGACUUGGUUCUGGCUGAGAGGAUGAUCCGGGUUCUGGAUGAUAAAGUCAGUAUAACAGAGCUGGGUGUGCAGCUGGUCUCUGGCCUUUCCCUGAACCUCCAGCUCAGCCCAGGAAGCAACAGGGCCAUCGUUGCCACAGCUACCACACAGGAGACCAUGCACAAUGCUAAUCAGGAGUCCCUUGUCAGCGCGUGGCUUCAGUUCAGCGAUGGCUCAAUGACCCCCCUUGACCUCUAUAACCCUGCACAUUUCGUCCUAACAGCCACCUCGCUAGACGACACGGUGGUAUUGGUGAGAAAAAGCACCACCUGGAGGUGGCCUGUGGUGGUUGCUAAGGGUGAAGGGCAAGGCAUGUUGGUCCGCCUAGAGAUGUAUGGACCCGAAUCAUGCCUAAAAACCAAGCGCCGCACACUUCUGGCCGCAGGCAACGCGAACGUCCAUGUGAAGUUCGGCCGUGCCGAUGAAACGGGAAACAGUGCGAGUGACAGGAGAUACAGGCCCAAUGCCCCAUACUACGGAGGUUCAAUCUCAGACAUGGAGGCUGGAAUCAUGAACCGAGGCGCUACCACCAUCAAAACCUCCAUUCCAGGAAAAGCAAGCGGUGACAGGCUCUCAGCUGGUGAUAUUCCAGUCGAUUUCUCAGAAUUCCCCGCUCAAGCAGAUCUUCCACCUGGACAUAACACGGAGGAAGACUUGCUGCAGACUCGCCGCGGGCUCACAGAUUUGGAAAUAGGCAUGUACGCCCUGCUAGGUGUCUUCUGCCUGGCUAUCUUGGUAUUCCUAAUCAAUUGCGUCUCCUAUGCCCUGAAGUAUCGCAACAAGCAGCUCCCAUUGGAGGGCCAGGAGACCAUGACUCACGCCCACGACUGGGUUUGGUUGGGCCAUGAUGCAGAGCUUUUGGAAAGCCAAGCGGGUUUGUGUCUUGAUCAAGAGGAGCUGGGUGGGACCAUGGACUCUGGGCUGGGCCUGGAGGAAGGUAGCCAGCUCCUCAAUGGCCUUUCCUCUCAGAAGAGCGUGCAAGGCCAGGUCCACAGGUCGGCCUCUGACUCAGUGUGCACUGGAAGAGAUCACAAGAGCGAGUCUAUAAACUCGCCCACAACCAAACGGAAACGAGUCAAGUUCACCACUUUCAGCCAUAGCAAGCCCAGCAAUGGCUGCCCAUCCAUAAGUCCACUUCUCAUUGGUCAGAAUGACAUCAAAUGGGUUUGCCCAGACAUCGAGCUCGGGGACUCCAAAGAGCUCAGAAAUUAUAUGGAAAGGUUAAACGAAAAUGCUACUAAGAAUAUCGCAUAGUUGGCUUGAAGUUAUUUAUGUAUUUUUCAGACAAAGCGUAGCACACCCAUAUGCCUUCUGGUUAAGGUGGUGGUCGGGUGGGGGGUUGGCCUGACUCUACUGCACUCAGACAAACUCAUAUCUCACCAUGAAAAGGCAAGCCAUUCAUCUGGUCUUGUUUCCAUGGCAACUGUCAUGAGGGUUCAUCAUCAGGAAAGAAGGAAAACAGAGAUGGUUGUGAAACCACUGAGAAUGUGAGAACAUUGGAUUAUGAGGAAUGUUUCAAUUGAGAUGUCUAUAUUUUCUUUUUUCCGAAGAAGAGGAUAUUCCAUUCUAUUUUGAAAUAUAUAUAU